AUGGCGCGCGCCGACGAUUCGUACUCCCGUGAGUCGGCCUUUCCCGUCAUGAAAAACCGACUGGUGGGGGAGUCUGGAUCGCUCCAGCGUCCUAUAAAGGCGAGACCAGGCAUUGAAACUGGACGGGCUGCCUCUUAUCAUAUCUUUCCAUCUCGAGAUCUCAACAACUCCCAAGAUCAAUUCUCCUCUUCCGAUGUUCCCGACAACUCGCAUUCUCCUGUCAACCUGAAAAAGCGCAGCUCCAUGGCUUCACGCAUCGCCAUGCAUGAUACCACACCCGGCGAACAACCGUGGAACUCGGAACACGAGUUGAUGAAUGCUUCUGAGCACAACAUAUCCUCCGAAGCGCUUGACUCUCGCUCUCACAAAAGCAAAUCCAUGAAACCCAAGGUCCACAUCAAACCUAUUCUGCGGAAACUCUCCCGGGACGAUGCGCCGUCGACCUCAAUCGAUCUGUCUCGAUCCUCCACUGACCAAGAGGGGUUGGGUAUUUACAUGAACUUCGAGCGGGAGCAACGCAGCGAGGCCCUCGCAGGUGCGACUUACAAGAAGACACCUUCUGGUCUUCACAAUCGAUCUACCAGUGGAACAUCUCAGUUCUCAAAUGGCUCAGGUUCAACUGCGAGCAAGCCCGGAUCACAGUACGUGCAUCCCAUGCGGCAGACGCCUCGAGCGUACACUCCACCGUUGGGCCAGUCCUACGAGGAGUUGAGCCAGGAUAGCGAAGAAUUGGAUGAAAGCCCCGAGUCGGAACCUUCGUCUAUCCAAGAAACCCGUACUUCUUCAGGCCCAGCCCUACCCCGACUGUCAUUGCAGAUCCAAGAUGAUUCUUUCACCCGUCUACCCGGGAUUUCACAGACUAAUGUGACCAGUCGACCGUCCUUUGGGUACUCACGGGAGACUGAUGGUGCUGCCUCUCCGAUGUCUAGAACGUCUCUCGACUUCGUUUUCCGAUCCCGAACUCGGACUAGCACCGAUCCUAUUUCCCGUGCAGCCACAGUCCAGGCUGCCCGCCAGGCAUUUGAGGAAAAAGAGGCCGCUAAAAACCGUCGGCUCGAAAAACAACAAAUCAAAGCCGAAGAGAGAGGUUCCCGACGUCGCUUGAAACGACACAUGUCGGAAGAUCUUGAGUCUCCUGUGCAGUCUAGAGAGGAGAUCUCCGAGAAGCCCCAAAGACCUAUCGUGCAUGGGAGCAAGGAGCCUUCGGCCUCAUGGAAGUCCCAAUCCAAGAGCACAUGGGUUCUCUUUAUGACCUGGCUUCGAACUCGAGUGUUCAAACUGCGACGAAAGAUCAAGAAACUUCAUUGA